AUGGAUUUUAGAAGCGACAAUCACGGACCUCGCUGGGCGCCUGGAAAAUAUGUUGGCAACGAAGACACGAGAAGACUUUUGCAAGAGCUUCGUGAGUCAAUGACGAUGAGUCGUGAGAAUUUCGUCUUUGCCUGUGGCGGAUCCGUUCCUAUUGGCUGUCAAGUUGAUAAUUCACAGCAGCCGGCGGAAACGACCACUACGCAGUCCUCGACCCAAGAAGAUAAAACUACCACCACGUCGAGCCUAUCAUCACCUAUUCCACCCAGCCAUAUGACUCUUCGAUGGGAUUCUCCUAACCAAUCGACGCUCGGGUUGCACUGCAAGCUUGACUUUCCGAUUGAACCAUCUACAUCAGGAAACUUGGCUCAGUUGGUAGCCGAUAUGAGCCCUGCUACAUUCGGUCUUGGUGGGAAAGAUGUUUACGAUGAAAGUUAUCGCAAGGCUUUAAAACUUGACCCAUCUCAUUUCGCCUUGAACUUCUCUCCUUAUGAUUGUGGCAUCAUCGAUUCAGUUGCACAGAUCUUGCUUCCAGAUUGGAAAAUGGACAGUAAUAAUCAUAGAGGCGUUAGGGCAGAGUUGUAUAAGUUGAACAUCUAUACUGGUCCAUCUGGUCACUUUCGUGCACAUGUCGAUACACCACGCUCUGAGUCUCAAUUUGGAUCACUCGUCGUUUGUCUACCGGUUGCUCAUGAGGGUGGCCAACUUGAAGUCCGACACAAUGGCAAGACUAUAUCAUUUGACUGGUCCCAGCUUGACAUUAAUUGUCCAUCUAUUCAAUGGGCUGCAUUUUACAGUGAUUGCGAACAUGAAGUUUUCCAGGUUCGAUCUGGGCACCGAAUUACGCUGACGUAUAACCUUUAUGCCACGCGUGGGAGUGGUCAACUGACUAGCCAUCCUAAGCCCCUAGAUUUGAUUAAGGUGCCUCUAUACACUCAUAUGCAUGCCAUCAUUGGCCAAGAGAAAUUCAUGCCCAAAGGUGGAUAUCUAGGCUUCUAUACAACACACAGUUAUCCUCAUACUACUAGACACUUCUGUGAGCCAGAUACGCUCAAAGGUCUCGACAUGGCUAUAUGGGAGUGUUUUCAGGCCCUUGGAUGCUCCGUGUACCUACGCCCAGUUGCUCAAGAAUAUUCUGAACGUGACCAAGUGGGUUUUAACCAGCGGGAAGAGGUAUGGGUUGGCGGAUCGUUGCGUACCGGCGAAACCGCCAAUUUUUUAAGCUACGAUGAGAUGAGUGAUGACGCGGAGGUCUUAUUAAAAGGGUGGUCUAAAUUAGGCGAUGGCCCAAUAUUUCGCUAUUCAGACAUCGCCUGGUUGAACGACCCAGGAGAAAGUGAAUUCCAGUUCGCCUACCUCGUGUAUGGUAACGAAGCAUCGAUAAACGUGCUAUAUUCGGUCUGUGCUAUCGUAGUCGAGGUGCCGCCUUAUGAGAAAAGGGUUGAGGCUAAGGCUUAG